AAAACAUCGAUAUUAAUCAUUUUUAGGAAUAAAGACUGAUUUACAAUCUACAAAAUGUUUUUAUGAUUCCUUGUAAUAUUUAAUAUAAUUAAUUAUUUAUAGAACACUAUUAUUAACAGAAAUGUAAUAGGAAGCCCAAAACAAGAAAAUCACCUUUAAAUUUCUUAAUGUAUGGAAAAUUAGUAUAUUAGUAAUUGAAACUUAUGAUUAAGCCAUCUUAAUAAAUAGUAUAGAUCACUCAAGCAUUCGUAACAAUAUUAAGUGGAACAAUAGCAUCAAUCCAAGGAAAUUAAAUAAAAUCCGAUUGGUAGUCAAUAAAACAUUGCUUACGAAAUACAAAUGAGAUUCUAGAAAUUAUUAAUGAUACUAAAACAUUUUCAAAAAGAGUACGAUUUGAAAAUCUAGAGAAAUCAAUAUAGAUUUUAUAAUCAAUUCAAUAAUAAAGUGUAGAUGAAUAAAGCGAUGAGACAUUUGAAAUAAUACAAGAAGCUUUGAAUUUUUUAUUAACAAUUGCUAAGCCUUUGUUUAAAAAUCUACUAUUGUGUAAAAGAAGUAAUUCAAGAAAUAGAUCAUAAAGUUAAUAAGGUUUUUAAAAAGUUAAUAAACUUCAAUAAUCCUAGAAAUCAUUCAGCAAUAAGACCAACAUCUCUUAAUCUUAAAUAAAUCAAAGUGACAACAAAAUCAAUAGACCCAAAAGUCAAUAAUCAAAUCUUAGUUGUAGCCGUUCUUCAUCAAAAUCUAAAGACUAUUAAAAACGAGUAUUAGAAGCUCAAAUUAAAAAAGUAAAUUUUACAUUUAAAGUAGCAAUCAAGAUUGGACAGGAUAUUAAAAUUAUAGACCAAUAAGCCAUCAGCAACAUCUUAUAUAAAGCAAAUGAUUGAGGGUUAACAAUCAUUAAAUAGAUCAUAUAGAUCAAACAGUAAAGAAUCGUUAAUGAGAUAGGAGAUUGAAAAAAACAAAUCAAUAAUUAAGAAAUUGAAAUAAUAAGAAAAUGCGAUCAAAUGGGAAAUAGAAAGAGAAAGUAAAAGAAUAAGAGAGAAUGAAAUUGUUAAUUAAAUUCAAGAUGAAAUUAAUAGAUAUAAGAUAAGUUGGUUAAAAGAUUAAGAAGUUAAAUAGGAGAAAAGAAAAAGUAAUACAAAAUAAAAUAGUUUUAACAAGCAAAAAGUUAUAAAUAAUGGGAAUUGGAGACAUAAUUCAAUCAACUACGAUGAAAAUAAAGGUAGCUGUUUGGAACAAGAUCUGUUGUUAUCUGAAAAAGCGAAAAAUGAGAAGGAAUAAUCUUUAAGUAAAAUAUUAAAAACAAUCAACAAUUCUAAAUUGAAAUAGUUGAAAUGAAG